AUGGAUUUAAGCCACGCGAGGCCUCCUUCGGUUUUUCCUGAAGUUGUCAUGCUCCCCAGACUUGCCACUUCUCACUCACCACCAACUCGGGGGCUUUUUGUUUUCCUUUUUUCACCAGUUCAUCUGGCAGUUUCCUCUCUCUUUUUCCGUCUCUGUCGACAAGGCAAACAACUUCGAAUCCUUGUCAGCUGGAUAAUCCUCGCCGCCAUGACACAGCGCCACGGUCAUCACAGGAAGCAUGAGAGCAAGAGGCCACACAAAAACAGCCCGCACCGGGAGUCCGCCAAAGAUGUAACUCAGAGAGAAGAAACGGCAUCUCAGCCACCAAUCAUGGUGGUGCCAGCAACCGGGCCUUGGUCGUCAUGGGCUCUUGACCCCGAAGGAAGGGGCUUUUAUUACCGCAAUCGCACAAACGCAGCAGGAAGAUACGAAUGGGACUUCAGCCCAAAGACCACGACCUUCGGCUACGCGCAACCUACACAGCAAAUAGGCUACCAUCAAUCUUCGCUUGCGAUAGCGCCAGCGCCAGCGCCGGCUUUCAGACAGACGUUGAUGUUUCCGACGGGGCCGGCCCUGGGGCAAGACCAACCUAGCACUGACUCCGACUUUACCAACGACUUUGACGAUGAAGUGACAUCUCUCGCUGCGGGAUCGGGAUUUGUCAUCCCCGCCAUCAUUGACGUGGAUACAAAGAACAACGUCACGGUCUUGGUGCCCGAUUCCAAGACCGGGGAGGCGAAAGUCUUUUGGGACAACAAGCGCAAACACGCCCACAAGCUGAAGAAGAGCCCAAAUGUCAAGGUGCGAGAGUGGCUACACAAGGAAUGA